AUGAGUGCAAACAAAACCAAAGCUGCGGGAAAACCCUCUUCUGGCUCUAAGACAAGACCGAGAGAGCAGAAUAGCGCCAAGGGUCAUGGCCGUUAUAAUGGCAAUAGGUCCGAGUUAGUGAGCGAGACAGAGGUUCAAACAUCAGCCAGCCAAUGGCAGGGACAGCCUGAGGGUGAGAGCAAUAGCGCCGACGAUAAGGACGAUGAGGUGAAACAGAAACUGCUGCAAGUUCUCUGGGGAAAUUUGGAGCAUCUACCUCCUCUCAGCUCCAAGAUUGUUAGAAUAUUUACCAGUUCCACAUUCACAGACACAACACUGGAGCGGAACAAUCUCAUGGAGAAAGUGUACCCCAGACUCAAGGACUACUGUCGGGAGAGACAUGGGCUGGAGUUUCAGGUGGUGGACAUGCGAUGGGGAGUCAGGGAUGAAGCCACGGAUGACCACAUGACCACACAGCUAUGUAUGCAGGAGAUCGAGAACUGUCAGCGAGUGUCCAUGGGACCCAACUUCAUAGUAUUCCUGGGUCAAAAGUACGGAUACCGGCCAAUACCUGCGGAGAUUUUAGCCUCAGAAUUUGACCUUCUCCGAGACUGCACGAAACAGAACCUCGAGGAACUAAAACUUCUGGACACCUGGUACAAGAGAGAUGACAACUUCGUGCCCGCUGUCUACGUGCUGCAGCCCAUCAGUUCCAUCUACAGUAACUUCAACAACAAGCGUCACCAACGGCUCAUGGGCCACGACCAAGCUGCCUGGUGGGACACGCUGGCCAAACUGACCAGGAUUAUCCGGAAAGCGGCCCAGGUUUUGCUUAUAACAAGGAGAAUUAACAGGGAGCAAAUGCAUAACUUUUUUAUGUCAGUAACCGAACGGGAGGUGGAGCGAGGGAUUCUCAAAGCUAGCAAUGUGCAGGAACACUGUCUGGCAUACAUCAGAGAGAUUAACAACAUGAACACCACUCUCAUGCGAGUGGCCAGCAAGUUUGUCGAUUUUGCUGCCAGAAACGUGGACGGAGAGGCCCAAAAGCUGUUGAGAGUGCUACGAGAUGAGAAACUGCCUAGAAAGAUGCCCGAAAGCAACAUCGCCCGGUUCACUGUGGAAUGGUGCGGCAGGGAAGGAAUAGACGAGGAAACGCACAAGGAUUACUUCCGGACAUUCUGCGAUCAUUUCUACGAAAACGUGAUUCGUUUGGUGGACAACGCCAUGGCCAAACACGAGAAACUGGCCAACGAUCCAAUCUACCUGGAGCCACUACAACACCUGCACUCCUGCAGGCGCUACUGUCAGGCCUUCCAGGGUCGGGAUAAAAUUCUAGAGAAGAUACACAAGUACAUCACCGGAAAUAACCAAUUGCCGCUGGUACUCUUUGGUGAGGGAGGCUGUGGGAAAACUUCCGUGAUGGCUAAAGCGGCAAGUCAGGUUGUUUCUUCCUGGUACGCCACGCCUGUUGUAAUGGUGCUGAGGUUCUUGGGAACAACACCAGGCAGCUCAACCAUCAUCCCUCUUCUGACUUCCUACUGCCAGCAGUUGAGUCUCAUGUACGAACAACCCGUCGAGGACAUUCCAAACCAACUGGCUCCAUUACAGCAGCGCUUUAAACAACUCAUCACUUUGGCCACCAAGGAGAAACCAUUAGUGCUUAUAUUUGAUUCCCUUGACCAGCUGUCUGGGUCUGGCGGAGCCCAUAAUCUCACUUGGAUACCUGUGAAACUGCCUCCACAUGUGAAGGUUGUAAUAUCAGUUAUACCAAAUUACUACGGGCUGCUUGAACUCUUGAGAACGAUGGUUGAGGAAGAGGAUUCAUUUGUUGAAGUUCUUCCACUUGGCGAAAAUCUUGGAAGUUCUAUCAUAAAAACAUGGUUACAGAAUUCAAAUAGAUCAGUGACAAGCGAGCAGUGGGUCAAGGUGAAUGAUGCCGUACACAGGUGCAGUUUACCGCUGUUUGUGAAGUUAACAUUCGAUGAAAUCUGCAGAUGGCGGUCCUAUACCAAACCCAGCUUGACAACAUUGGCCUUUACAAUCAACGACUGCAUUAUGCUCCUUCUGGAGAGAAUAGAGCUGCAGCACGGGAAGACGCUGGUUAGCCAUGCUUUGAGUUACAUCACGUCAUCUAAGAGUGGAAUCUCCGAGCCGGAACUCGAGGACCUCAUAUCGCUUGAUGAUCUAGUACUUAACGAUAUUUACCAAUACCAUCUGCCACCGGUCCGAAGAAUUCCACCGCUGCUGUGGACACGGAUUAGAAAUGACUUACCCGGAUAUCUCAGCGAGAGAGAAGCAGAUGGGGUUAGUGUUGUGGGCUGGUAUCAUAGACAGUUUAUUGAUGCAGCCAAGGAAAGGUACUUCAAAAAUCUCUUUUUUGUUAAAGAGCUGCAUUCGAAUAUGGCGGAGUAUUUCCUGGGAACAUAUGGCGGUGGAAUACCAAAACCGUUUGAGUACUCUGAGCUUCAGAGACAACGGUUUCAUUUGGAGGACAAGAAAAGUUCCGCUGAUAGAAAAGUACCACCACAACCUGUUGAAUUCACAGAUUCUCAGGGCAGAGUGAUCCGUUAUAAUUUACGUAAGCUCAAUGAAAUGCCCUGGCACCUGGUGAGGUCAGAACGUUACCAGGACUUAUAUGAGAAAGUACUGUUCAACUACGAAUGGCUGCAUGCAAAACUGUCUUCCAUGCCACUCCAAUCUGUAGUCGCAGACUACGAAGACCUUCUCACUCACGCCUACGACAAGGAUGUGCGUAUAAUUGCUGACGCCAUUCUACUGUCCAGCUCAAUUCUUGGCCACUACCCAGACAUGCUUGGUCCACAAAUCACAGGUCGUCUUCUGCCUUACUACAACCAAAACCCCAAGAUCAGGGAGCUCAUCCAGCAGUGCGACACGGAUGGUUUGCGUCACUGUGCCCUCGUUCCAGCAUAUCAUUGUCUACACACACCGAGCGGCCCUCUCCAGUAUUCUUUAGAAGGCCAUCAGUUUGCUCCUUUCGGAAUAGGCACAUCACCAGGUGGGAAACACCUUGUGUCUGUUUCAAAUAAAAUCAUCAUGUGGGAUCUGUCCACUGGAGAAAUUUCCAGAAAUAUUUCACCCGGAAUUGAAGGAAUUAUGCAGAAUUUAAAUAUUUCCGAAAACGGAAAGUUCUCUGUGAGUUACACAAACAACAACAGGGUCCUAAUCUGCUCCCUAAACACUGGAGACUUCAAAAUUAUCUCCCCCAAACUUUCACACACCUCUAGCACAGUCAAAGGCACCAGUGUUUCAAACACACACAUCGCCGUAUGGACGGACAAAUCAUGGAUGUUGUUCAAACAAGACGGUAGUUUUGUCAGUGAGUAUACAUCGGAACUGAAAAUGCCCAUCAUCAGUGUGGAACUCGACAAUGACGUCAACGGAAUUCACUUUAUCAUCAUGAAAAGUGAGGAGACGGCCUCUGAGAUGGCAUUGGAGGCUCACGAUAAGUCUAUCAGAGCAUUUGAAUUCCACAGCGCAAUUGCUAUCAAUAAAACUAGAACUGUCUUGUACGCGUGCAUUGAAAUCAGUGACAACGCUGUCGUCUGCUACGUACGUCAAGGCAGCUUGUGGAGAUACCAGAAAACUAUUUCCGAAAACGCAGAUAAUAUAUUCUCUUUGUUUCUUUCCGAUGAUCAGAACUAUCUGAUUGGCACGGCUACACAGAGUUACAAGCUGUAUGAUUUGCAGACGGACACAAUGCAGGAGCUGCAUCUUCCACAAGGGACCAGGAAUAUUCCAACAAAAAAUCUGCUUACAGGCUUAAUGGUUUUGACAAAGAACAAUCAGUUUGUGGUAGCAGCCGUGAGGAAGAACUUGUAUGUCUGGGAUGUCAAACAAGGAAACUUGGUAAAAGUUCUCGAUGCCCACUUUGGUAGGAUCUGCGCACUUAUAUCCGUGUCAUCAGACAGCAACACAGUGAUAUCUUCCUCCAUGGACAAAACCAUCAAAGUCUGGAACUUUGACAAAAUUUUGGAGGACGUCCACACAAUUGACAGACUCGAACGUCCCAUCCAGACCGUUUCUCUGGCCAGUGAUUCUCAUUUGUGUGCAAGCACAACCAGAAACACUGUAGACAUCUGGAACUUGGACACGGGAAAACUGGUCAAGACAUUUAUCAGUGGUGCUCGAAGCGCUAUUGUUUCCAACGCAGUUAUCACAGCCAAUGGGGAAUACGUCAUUAGCGCCGAAUCGCCAAAACUUCUCGUCUGGCUCGUUUCAAAAAGCACACCAGUAUCGGAGACUUCAGUGGGAGAUAUUCAGCAUAUAAUUAUGUGUGAAAACGACACGAAAGCUAUAGUCAAUACGCUCAUGUCUAUUGACAAGGCUCAGUGUAUGUGUGUAACUAUUCCAGGGUGUCACGUGGAAUACGUUUUUGAAUACGCCAUUAAGAAAUAUCGCCAACCUGUCCUGACAAAAGAAGGUUUCUUUUUAGCCGUCCCGACACAUGACAAAAGUGGAGAUGUUGUAGGUGUAUACCAUGGGAGAACCGGUGUCCGUUUAUACAGCCUCCAACUCAAGUAUCACAAUUAUACAGACUACAGUCAUCUUGUAGCAAUGCCGCACGACUCCAACCUGAUCGCUGUGAUUGACGGUGAUAAAGGCAACAUUUUAGACUUGAGAAAGAAGGCUCUCGUUCGUUCAGUGCCAAGAUGGAACGGCCAAGUAAUGCAAGAUGGAAAGAUCGGCAUGUAUGCACCUGCCACUGGUGGGCUAGAACUGAUCAACUUAAGAAAUGGUAAGACAACGAAGACCCUCAUCCCCAAGGUUGCCGAAGGCGUGUUUCAAGUGACGACGUUUUUCACCCAGAGCAACAAACACGUGAUCUACUACCACUCCAGACAUCAAACAAUCCGGGUAUUUCGGGUCUCAGACGGAAAGAUGAUAGCCAACUACAAAGCCAGCGCAGAAGUCAAGUCCAUUGUUGGAAACGAGCAAGGCACGUGCAUUGUAAUCGGCUGUCUGGACGGUACGUUGACCAUGCUGGCCAUUGCCGAUCCCGAAGACGAGUUUCAUCAAAAUCUUCUUUGGUCUCUCCCCAGCAGAAAUCUGACAACGUCACAUGACUUGACCACUUUUGCUGACAUACUGAAUGCCAAAAACGUCAUGGGCACUGCUUUACAAGUGGUCAGAUUCGUUGCUAAGGCCAGAGGGAUGCAACAAUCUUCAUCUUGCGCUAUAUCUUAG